AUGCUUGUCCUGCGGUUGAACGCUGACAGGGGGCUCCCACAGCCAGACUGGAGCUCUACUCCCUACCCAGAAGCUCCAUGGGGGGCGGAGCCCGCCCCUCAAGCUCUUCCGUGGCCGGGAGACUGGACAGACCUGCCGUGCUCCGGCACCGUCUCUUGCAGCGGUGUUUCCCAGGCCCCGGGUCCCGCCCCCUGGACCAGCUCCGAAGGGGCUGUCGGCCAGAAUUACACCACCUCCGCGGGAAGUACCAGCUCGUGGUCGAGCGCCCAGGUGGCCUCCAGCUCCACCAGCUGGGACUAUUCUAUCGGCCCCAAUGGCGCCACCUGCUGGGGCAGGAGCCUUGGCGGGGAGCCCCGCGCCGACUCGACCCUUCCUUGGGCCGGGCCUGCGGCCUCGGACUGUACCACCUCCUGGGACUCAGGGCUGCAUACGGAUUGCACCACCUCUUCCAAGGAGUACCAGAGCUCAGAUCUCACCACUUCCUCGGAACCCACCCAGCAGUCGGACCGCGCAACCUUGGCUCGUUCCCCCAAAACUAACCACAGAGGUCCCAUUCAGCUGUGGCAGUUCCUCCUGGAGCUGCUCCACGAUGGAGCGCGUAGGAGCUGCAUCCGCUGGACCGGCAAUAGCCGAGAGUUCCAACUGUGCGACCCCAAAGAGGUGGCGCGGCUGUGGGGCGAGCGCAAGAGGAAGCCAGGCAUGAAUUACGAGAAGCUGAGCCGAGGUCUGCGCUACUACUACCGCCGCGACAUCGUGCGCAAGAGCGGGGGGCGCAAGUACACGUACCGCUUCGGGGGCCGCGUGCCGGGUCUAGUCUAUCCCGACCUUGUGGGAGGCGGGCUAGAAGCAACGACCCAAUAAAAAUACCCAAUCAAGCCU